CUGCCGCCUGCUUUAGCCAUCGCUCACACUCUUCUCACAGCUGAGGAAAACCACAGCCUGCCAAGAUGUGCAAAGGACUAGCAGCGCUGCCCCACACAUGCCUGGAGAGGGCCAAGGAGAUCAAGACCAAGCUGGGCACACUGCUCCAGAAGCCCGACUCGGCCAUUGACUUCAUCAUCCCCUACCCAGAGAAGCCGGAGAAGCCACCCAAAGCCCACAAGCCAUCACCAGAGGAGGCUCUGCAGUGGCGCGAUUCCCUGGAGAAGCUCCUGCAAAACCCCUAUGGUCUCGCCAGCUUCCGCAGCUUCCUGCGCUCCGAGUUCAGCGAGGAGAAUGCCGAAUUUUGGGUGGCCUGUGAGGACUACAAGAAAACUAAGUCCCCCGUGAAGAUGGCAGAGAAGGCCAAGAAGAUUUACGAGGAGUUCAUCCAGACUGAGGCACCUAAAGAGGUGAACAUCGACCACUUCACCAAGGCUGUGACCAUGAAGAACCUGGUGGAGCCAUCACCAAGCAGCUUUGACAUGGCGCAGAAGAGGAUCUUUGCCCUGAUGGAGAAAGACUCCCUGCCCAGAUUUGUGCGGUCGGAGUUUUAUCAGGAGUUAAUCAAGUAGCACUGCGGCAGGGCUGGGUGAGGCGUUCCCUGCGGCCCGUUCCACUGCUUCUAUCUGCACACCUGCCCCUUCUCCUGCAGUCGCUUUGCUAUCUUGAUACCACCCUAGAAAAGCACCCAGGGGCAUUGCUAAACACCUCCCUCUCUGCUUUGGACUGUCAGAUGUCCUGAUGUUUCCUCUCUUACAGUCUCUUUCCUCUCCCACCAAAGACCAAUUAGCAGAAAUCCCUGGUGACCCUCACUGGGUUUGGGACCCAGAAGG